AUGAGUCUUAUCGCAAGAUUGUCAUUCAUAGCUCACCAAUGGCGUGGCUCGGAUAAUAUUAAUCUUAAAGGGUGGGUAGCCCAUCCACUAAUACUCAAUCCUCUGCAGACAAAUGACUACGACUGUGGUCUCUGGGUCUUAGCAGCACUUGCAGCAGUCCCUCGGGGAUCCCAUAGACCAGGCAUGUGCGAGGAGGACAUGAUAGCUUUCUGA